AUGGCGUUCCGGGCGGCUGGACGCGACGUCGCCUUCCCGGCACCGCCUCCCACCACGACCUCGAGCAGUGGUGCGUCUCCCUCGUUCUCGUUUUCUAUCGGCAACCCCCAGCUUGCCAGAUGGCGGCACCGGCCAUCUCUGUCGCUUCGCCUCCUCGACGGCAUGUUCUCCGUCUACCUGGAAUGCUCAGAUCCGUCCUUCAAGGUGGAACGUCGGCGCCGCUGCCAUCCAGCCCGACCCUAUGUUUCUGACACUAGCCUUGUGGAUCUGGCACCUCUCGCAGGUGCACAACCAGCACAAACGUGCUACAACGAGCAGCAGGGAUUUGGUUUGGGUGAUUAUAUACACGUCAUGACACCCUCUCCUCUACACGUUGAUGUCAAAUUCCCUCCUCCAAGAGCCAAUUGCAGGUCAAAGCGUUCUGCUAUGAGUCAGUUGUUUAAUAUUAUUAUUCUAAAUCUCAAGCACAUGAUGCUGCUCGCUAUAUCAGUUAUGCUGUCUCCAUGGGAGUUUUACAUUUUUGUGACCAGAUGCAUAAGGCUCCCCUAUUUCUUCUUUGUUUCCAAACAUGGUAGCCCUUUGGUAGAGGCUUGUGAAGAUGCCAUUUAUGUACCAUCACUAGUGCAGAACCGGGCAAUAGCACCGGAUUGUUUUACGUUAUAA